AUGUCUCAGCACAGACGACGCUCUCUGUCCGUGCUUGCGCGCGUCGGCAGGGCCUUCUCGCCCUUUCGCAGCAAUGAUGAUGCAGGCAGUCGAAAAGGGAUGCUGCUCGAAUACACAGUAGUAAUUGUCCGCAAAAAGAGCAGGAGUAGAGUUGCAGUGCGUCUGGUACCUGCAGAUCGCAUCACGUCACGGAUACAUUCCGGAAUUACAUACGCCCCAAAGCGAACGAAAGGGGGUCAGGUCCUGUACGGGCAUACUGUACAUACCAUACUGUGCUCAACCAACCCUCUCAUCCACUGCCGUCGAAACCAGCAUGAUACGAUGUACGGAACGCAUCGUCUCAUUGCUUCCCCCAAUCUUGUCCAACGCCGCGAUGCCGUGCUGCGCUCCGGCUCCUUCCCAAGACACGGCUCUGCCGUCUCCGUCUCACGACGGCCCUCCCCCCCUCUUCCCAGCUCCCGUAUGCGGGCGUCGAGGAGCGAGCCACCAACAUGA